CUUUUACAUAAUAAGAGAGUUUCGCAAGUUAACGCUUAGUCACUGCUAAACAGUAACAAAUGUUGGCUGCUAGAAUGCGUUUCGUGCAAUAUUUGCGUAAGGGUGACCUCUGCAAGCGCCUGGGUCUGUUGGCUGAGGAUCAAAAGUCGUUGGUGGAACUUUCCGGCGUGGAAGGUGUGCCCAAUGAUUUGAAAACAUUGAUUGCGCAGAAUCCCAACCUUGAGGAGCUUGCGCAGAAGGCACAAAAGCAGCCAAAGCUUGAUAUUUGCGAUGACGUCACGCUGCUGCCGCCGCUCACCGAUCCGGGUAAGAUCAUUUGCAUUGGCCUGAACUACCAAUGCCACUGUGAUGAGCAGCACAAGGAGCCGCCGAAGGAGCCAAUGUUUUUCAGCAAGUUCAACAACACGCUGGUGGGCCCAAAAGAUAAUGUCAUUGCUCACGCAAUAACCAAUAAAAUGGACUGGGAAGCAGAGCUGGUGGUUGUCAUUGGCAAAGUGGCACGUUGUGUGCCCAAGGAGAAGGCAUUCGAUUAUGUCUUUGGCUAUACCGUUGCCCAGGACAUUUCAGCGCGUGACUGGCAGAAGGAGCGCAAUGGUGGCCAGUUUCUGCUGGGAAAAUCCAUGGAUACCUUCUGUCCCCUGGGCCCUGCAGUAGUGCAUAAGAGUCUGGUGCAGGAUGUUUACAACUUGCCCCUGAAAACCUGGAUCAAUGGCGUGGAGAAGCAAAACGGAAACUCUGGCGAUAUGAUACAUAAGAUUGACUAUGUCAUUAAUAGACUGUCACAAUCCAUUACUUUGCUGCCUGGCGAUAUUAUCUUGACGGGCACACCAAAAGGUGUGGGCAUGUACCGUAGUCCACCUGAGUACUUGCGAGCUGGCGAUGUCAUCCAAACUGAAAUUCCCGGCCUGGGCACAAUGACCAACACUGUUAUCGCUCCUUAAAUGUAUACAACAGAUACAUAUGUUACAUGUAUUAUGUUUAUUAAACCAUAAAUUGCAUUUAAUCAAGCUAAUAAAAGUUAAACU